AUGGCGAUGAACUCUUGGAGCGACUUUGAAGACGCAAAGCGGCCGGCGGCGCCUACCAAGAAUGCGGCCAAGCAAACGUCGAAGCGCACUGGCAAGGAUGGGAAGCUUUACUUGCGAGACGGGCCCAAGCGGCCGCAGGCCAUGACAAAGCUGGCAAGGCGGCGCAUGGGCACAGAUGCCACGGCGGCUGCCUCCGCAGCAGCGGUUGUGGACACGACCGCGCUCAAGGCGAAGGUGCGCGUAGAGGAGUCGAAGAGCGGCGGUGGGAAGCGCGCGACGACGAUUCGCGGGUUGUCGAGAGACGCCGCUAAGUCGGUGCUCAAGGAGCUGAAGGCUGCCCUCUCCGUCGGUGGUCGGGUCAACGCGCGCGGCGACGUGGAGGUGCAGGGGGCGCACGCCGAGAUCUGCUUGAUUCGCCUUCAAAAGGCGGGCUACAGCGAUGUGCGCUUGGCGGGUGGUGCCGGGGCCGUCAAGGCGCCCGCGUGGAAUGCGCCUCAGGAGGUCAGAGACCGGGCGGCGGCGCAGAAGCAGGCGGCUAAGGCCGCGGCGGGGAAAAGGGCGGAGAAGGCGCGCGUGGCCGCCCGCGCACCCGCUGCCGUCGCCGCCAAGAUGCUGGCGCAACUUCGGGCGUCGGAGCAGCUCGAGAUUGCUAAGCUGCGCAGGAGCGACGUGCCGCGCGCGGAGAAGGCGCUCGCGCAGGCGAAGCUGGAUCGCAUCCAGCGGCGGAUUGCGGAGGCGGGUGGUUGA